AUGUGGGCGAGGGCGGCAUUUCUCGCUGUAAGCAUGCAUCUUGGAGUGAACAUUUCGAAUGCUCUCCAGCAACUGGAGAGUGUAAAAGCUGCAGUUGAUCAAUCUGAUGAUUCAAAACUUAAGGCUGCAACAAAUGACGAUCUGAACCUGCUUAUUAACCUAUUGGAAAGUCCUAUAUUAAGGAGCAUUGCCACUUUACAUGAUUCUGUGGCUAUGUUGGCCACUCAGGUAGCACACCAUCCUUCUAUUCUCCCAAGUGAUUUUGACAUCACUCCUGCUGGUGAUUUGGCCUUACAAACACGAAACCUUUAUGGUUCACAUGAGGGUGAGGAAGAGCAAAGAGUACCUCAGGUAUCGCCCCCACACAGUUUAGAGUUUGGCUCUAACUCAGACAAUGAACGAAUACUGGGUCUUGAUACCGCCUCUGUGGAUUCCAGUAUGUCCCCAAAGCAGUCUCGUGGCUUGCUUGACUUGUCACGAAAUGAAGAUUCAUUAGCCUCUGCCUGUACUAAUAUUGUAGCUGGAGACUGGGCUCAGGUUGAAAUUAUCAACUUGGUGAAUGAUGGCACUGGAUUAGGAUUUGGUAUUAUUGGUGCUCGAACUAGCGGAGUUAUUGUGAAGACAAUCUUGGCUGGAGGCGUUGCCGACCGUGACGGUCGCCUGAAGUCGGGGGAUCAUAUAUUACAAAUUGGAGAUGUGAACCUUAUGGAGAUGGGCUCGGAGCAGGUGGCCGGCGUGCUGCGCGCCUCCGGCUCCAGGGUGCGGCUGGUGGUAGCGCGCGCGGUGGACCCAGCGGCCGUGCACGCCUCCAUCGCGCCCAUAGUGCCCGCCAGGCUCCUGUCAAACCCCGAAGCCCUGGACCGCUACCUUAUGGAUACCGGCUUCGAGCAGGUCUUCAACACGCAGCCAAACCCCGCACUCGUGAACCAACCGGCGUCCAGAUUCGUUUUCGGCAGUACUGUAACACCACCGCCCGAUGCUGAUGCCGAAUCACCGGAAGUUGACAGAUUUACGGUGCAAUUAAAGAAAGACGAAAAUGGACUGGGUAUUACAAUAGCAGGUUACGUUUGCGAGAAGGAGGAGCUGUCGGGCAUCUUCGUGAAGUCGGUGACGGCGGGCAGCGCGGCGGCCCUGAGCGGCGCGGUCAGGGUCAACGACCGCAUCGUGGCGGUGGACGGGGCCUCGCUCGCCGGCAAAUCCAACCAGCGCGCUGUGGACGCCCUCAAGCAGAGCGGCAACGUCGUCACGCUCGAGCUCGAGAGGUACCUGCGCGGGCCGAAGUUCGAGCAGCUGCAGCAGGCCAUCGCGGCGGGCGAGAGCGCUGCCAGCGCGGCCCCGCACAACCCGUUCCUGAACAUGCACCGACAAGAGCCGCACUCGCACGACAUACCGAUGAUGCACCUGCAGCUCAACAACCCCAGUUUGGAGUCAAACGACGAAGAGAGCGUUGAGGUUCAGCCGGUGCGCAGUCCCACGCCCCAGCCCGCCUUCGAGAUGCCACGCACGCAUGAGCAGAAGGAAGCGAUACGGCGCAAAUGGCAAUCCAUACUGGGCGACGACGUGGAGAUCGUGGUGGGCGUGGUGGUGCGCGGCGGCGGCGGGCUGGGCAUCUCGCUGGAGGGCACCGUGGACGUGGAGGGGGGCCGCGAGGUGCGCCCCCACCACUACGUGCGCAGCGUGCUGCCCGAGGGGCCGGUGGGCCGCGCCGGCGUGCACCGCCCCGGCGACGAGUUGCUCGAGGUGAACGGUCACCGGCUGCUGGGCAUGAACCACCUGGAGGUGGUCUCGAUCCUAAAGGAGCUGUCGAGCGAGGUGUGCAUGGUCUGCGCUCGCCCGCGAUCAUCCCCCGCCCUGGACCUGGCACCGCCCUCCGCCACUCUGGUCAAGGCGAAGUCGGACGGCAGCCUGGCGGGCGCGGGCGGCGAGGAGGGCGGCGCGCUCUCCGCCGGCGGCAAGGUGCGCUCGCGCAGCCUCGAGCCGCUGACGGGCCUCGCCAUGUGGGCCUCGGAGCCGCAGAUCAUCGAGCUGGUGAAAGGCGAGCGCGGCCUGGGCUUCUCGAUACUGGACUACCAGGACCCGCUGAGGCCAUCCAAGACGCUGGUGGUGAUCAGGUCGCUGGUGCCGGGCGGAGUGGCGCAGCAGGACGGCAGGCUCAUACCCGGCGACAGGCUCCUCUUUGUCAACGAUCAGAACCUGGAGGAUGCAAGCCUGGAGCAAGCAGUCGCCGCGCUGAAGGGCGCUCCGAGGGGCGUAGUCCGCAUCGGAGUGGCCAAGCCCCUGCCCUUGGCGGAUGCCCCUCCGCCAUUACCGUCCUCCGCUCCGCCUUCUCACACCACCGAU